AUGUUAAGCGUUUAAAUGCCAUUGAACUUCAAGGGCGCAGAACCUCAUGGCGAAAUGUCGCACUUGCUUCACACUGGAUGUUCCCUCAGAGCAUCCUUGGUGAUUCUAAAACGCUUCCAUGUUCAUCGAGUAUGUCAGCACUUACAGCAAAACGAAAGAAGCUUUACAAAUUCCAGGAUAUGUAGUGCGUCUAAAUUAUUAACUGAAUUGAAAGAAAAAAACAAAGUAAAAGAAAUUAAAGAUUUCAAAAUAACAAAAGAGGAUCUCAAUGGCAGAGAAUUCCGUGAUGUUGGAAAAAGGAAGGGUAGAAAACGAAACACCUCAAAAUUUUCAAAAUAUGUAGAUGAGCCAAACAAUGCUCAUGGAGCAUUCCGAACAGAGCACCAAGAUGCUGCCUCUAGAAUGGAACUGUUGGAAAAUCUGGCCAACAAAACCAUGGAUGUGGUCCAGAAAGAUAACGGGAGCCAUCAUUGGGACAUGGAAAGGAGAAGGUUUCUGUCAAGGAUAGAAAAAUCUGCUCUUGGUGGUAGGAGGAGGAGAACAUUGGAACAUUUGAGUGUUGACAGCUUUAAGAAGGUUCCAGGACAGACAUCCUUGAAUAGGCUGCUGGCUGAACUUGAAAGUCUUGACAUUGCAAGUAUACUGAACAUACUUUGCCAAACAGGAAAGACACAAGAAGCUGUGGACAUUUUGUUUAACUUCCUCUACAUCUGUAAUAAGUUAGAAGAUGCACAAAAGCCAGAGCAACUUUAUGAUGUUAAUUUAUUCAACUGUGUUCAUCGUGCUCUGGCCAAACAGGGAGAAAUAACUUGGAUGGAACACGUCCUGAACUGGAUGACCAAACAGAGCGUACCUCCUACGUUACAAACAUAUGCACAUUUCCUGGAGUGUUUUGGACGCAGUACGUUUGACCAGUCCAGCAAGAUACACGAUAUCAUCAGCCAACUACAGGCAAAGGGUCUGGAACUGGAAGACUUGUAUAGAAAUUGCAGUUACAUAUCUGAUGAGUGGACCUAUGUCAGAAAGGCUGUAGAAACUGUACGGGAAAAUUUCGAGCCCCGUCCACGUCCUGAAAAACCUCCCUACAACAAUCCACUGUUGGAAUACCUGGACACAGAAGAAGCUAAACAGAUCAAAAACUUUAACCCAAAUAAAGACAUCAUGAGCAAAAAGAAGUUGUCACAAAAAAUCAAAGGAAGGCUAAAACAGGAGAAGGAUGAAUACAUUGCUCUGAAACCUGUAACAAAAAUUAAGUCAAGUGUAAAAUCACAAAAAUCAAAGGAUGAGAUAAGGGAGUUGAAAAAGCAUUGGGUUCAGUGUCUGACACGUCUGUACCAACAGUCCUUCAUGACAUGGAACGGACAAACACACAAAGGCUACCUGGAAGCUUUGACAGCCAAGGAAUUUUCGGAUAUGGUGAUAGAGGUAGUUGAACUCCUGAUGCGAGAUUCUCUCCAAACAUUGUACUGGACAAAAAGACAGUUCGCCAAAGCUCUAGGCAGAAGAUUGAUGCAAAAAACACAGUAUUUCUACAUGGAAAAAUAUGGAAUCCUUGACAAGGUCAGCAUAGUGUAUAAGGAGUACGCCCAACGAUUACUCAGUGAGAGCCACAUUGAUGGAAACCACCGUGAGAUUUGGGAGGCGAUCUGUAACAAGCACAUGGAUGGACCAACACUAGGAGUUCCACAGAGACCCUGGUCUUACGAUACACAGCUAUGGGUUGGCUACAAGAUCCUGGAUCAGAUAAUGGAGGUGAUGACCAUUACCUUGGACAAGACAGAGGACAGUGAAACAAAUGGGAAACAUGAACCAGCAUUUUUCGAAACAGUCAACAGAAACAUUCUUGGAAAAUGUCUAUCAUGCUAUAUGCCACAUCCAAAACUGUUGAAGCUGUACAAGAGGAGAGGCCGUUCCGUUGGGUUUCAGCUGUCGGAGUUACCGUCCACCAUUCCUCCAGCUCCCUGGACAUCCGUUUAUCAUGGCAUUCACUUGGUCGGAGAUGCUGAACUUAUUCGUAUACCAGUCUCGAGUGAUUUUGACACACAGAAGAAACUUGUAUAUGAGAAGAUGUCCUCUGCAGAUAUUCUAUCAAUAUUUGAUGUACUCAACUACAUGGGGUCCUGUCCUUGGAUAAUUAAUAACGAGGUGCUUGAUAUACAGUUGAAAGUUUUUCGUAAAAAUGGAAACAAGGAGAUGAACGUGCCUUUACCAGCUCCACAAAUGCCUGCCCAUCUGAAAAAACUGAAGAAGAAAUUGAAUCGGAAGGAAGAUAGGCAGAUGUUGAUAGAAAAGAACUCAUGGAAAAAGAAAUCGUUGGAGAUGAACUCUCUUUGGUACAGUUGUUUGUGGAUGCUAACUAUUGCCAAAGAGUUCUCAGACAAGCCAUUUUGGUUGCCGUUGAACAUCGACUAUCGUGGUCGAGUGUACUGCUUAUCAGCUAUUCUACAAUACCAAUCCAAUGACAUGACAAGAAGCUUGUUUUUAUUUGCUAACGGGAAACCACUUGGGGAGAAAGGUUUGGACUGGCUUAAAAUCCACCUCAUCAACUUAACUGGCUUAAGAAAAAGAUACUCUAACAAGGAUCGCCUUGACUAUGCCAAUCAAAUGAUGGACAAAAUCCUGGACUCUGCAGAUAGCCCAUUAGAUGGUGAACAAUGGUGGCUAGAAAGCGAUGAACCAUGGCAAACUCUGGCUUGUUGUAAGGAGAUAGCUGCCGCGAUCCGGAGUGAGGACCAUACCCAGUAUGUCAGUCACUUCCCUGUACACCAGGAUGGGUCUUGUAAUGGUCUACAGCACUACGCAGCCUUGGGGAGAGACAAAUCCGGUGCUAAAUCUGUCAAUCUGGACUCAUCAGAAGCUCCUGAGGAUAUCUACAGUGACAUUAUGGAAAUGGUGGAGCUGCGCAGACAAGAAGAUGAAAAGAAUGGCAUAGAAAUAGCAAAGAUCGUGGCACCUUACAUCACACGGAAGGUCGUGAAGAGACCCGUUAUGACCUCUGUGUAUGGGGUAACACACUAUGGUGCCCGACUCCAAAUACAACAAGUCCUGAAUGAGAUUCCAGGCUUCCCAGAGGAACAUCUCAAGGAAGCCUCUACGUACAUUACAACGACAAUAAUGGCGAAUCUGAAGAAAAGAUUUCAGACUGCGGGAAUAAUACAGGACUGGUUUAAUGAUGUUGCUAAGGCCACCAGUGCUGGCCUGAAGAAACACAUAGAAUGGAAAACUCCACUUGGGAUGCGCGUCGUCCAGAUAGCUGACAAAAAAUUUGUGCAGAAAAAUCCAAUAACAAAAGAGACAAGGAGGGUAAUCCGUCCAGAUACCAUCAAACAAAGGCACAGUUUCCCACCAAACUUCAUCCACAGUCUGGACUCCGUACACAUGAUGCUGACAGCCCUUCAUUGUAUGAAGGAAGGUCUGACUUUUAGUUCUGUGCAUGAUUGUUUCUGGACGCACGCCUGUGAUAUUGCUACCAUGAACAGGAUUUGCAGAGAACAAUUUGUUGUUCUUCAUAGUCAGCCAUUGUUGGAACAGCUCUCCCAGUACAUGUUGGAGACCCAUAAAGAGGAACUCAAGUUGCAUAAAGAUUUGAAACCUGUAGAGAGAAAAAAGCUGAAGGAAUAUGCCGAAGUCUUAAGAUGCAAUAAAAUCAAACUUGGUGAUUUUGACCUAAAAAAUGUGCUGGAUUCAGAGUACUUCUUCAGUUGAUGUUUCCUGCCUGGUUCCGUCCUAAACAUCUUCAGUUCUUGUUUUAUGCUGGAUCUACAAACUUGGCUGGCUCUUCGAGGCUGUGUGUGUGGUUGGAACAAAGUUCGACACAACCAUUGAGAACUUGUUUUGAAGUCUAGAUGUUGCUCCAGUUCAACAAUCAAUGCCAUUUAUGGGAGGCAGUACAAUUGAAGUUUUAACUACAGUCAGUUUAAGCAGCCAGUGAAAAAUAUUGUAACUGAAGAUUCACGGUCUAGCUCAACAGCCAAUGGAAAGUCUUGUAACUGAAGCUUUCAUAUCACUUAAGUUGAACAGCCAAUGGAAAGUCUUGUAACUGAAGCUUCCAUAUCACUUAAGUUGAACAGCCAAUGGAAAGUCUUGUUACUGAAGCUUCCAUAUCACUUAAGUUGAAAAGCCAAUGGAAAGUCUUGUAACUGAAACCUUCAUGUCACCUCAGUUCAACAGCCAAUGGAAAAUCAUGCUCUAAUUAUAGUUUUUCAUUUCUUUUGGAGGAAUGUUAAGUGUACACAAGAGUGUAAUGAACAAUUUAUUUAAGCAGUAAAUUGAUAUUGUUAAAUCUGUUGAUUCUUAGAAUUGACAACAAAAUUAAGUGAUGCUUUCUAGCAGUGACAUAUUAGGUGUUGAUUGGCUAAAUUAUUGUGAUGAUAUGACCAAUGAAAACCUCUCAAGUCAUUAAGUUCAUUCCCAUUUGUGCCAAAUUUGAGAUUAAUAUGUAAAAUUCCAUUACCAUCUAAAUGUGUUCUUUGAUAAUACUUUUCAUACAUCAUUAUGUGUCUGCAUGGAAUAACCUCGUAUUGAAAUUGCAUUCUAAGUAGCAUGAAUACCUCAGAUGAAUUUACAUUCAGGAUCUUGGAUCUGAGGUUGAAGUGUUGUUAAUUUCUCACAAAAUUUUAUGAUUUGUUUGAGUCGUAGAAUAUUUUUCUGUGAGACUAAUUACAUGUAUAAUCUUCUGAAUGGGUAGUGAAUGACAGGAUGGUGACAUAGAUGAAAAGUAAGUGUCUAUAUCCUCCUUGCUCUAAUAUUAGGGUCCUGAUAUGUCUGUGGUUGCAUCAAUGUGCCUACCAAAAAAAUAAUGUCUGUGAUAUUUGAUGAUGUUUAUAUUGUUAGCUCAUUUGAUGAGAGGUUGUGUAGACAUUAAGUCAUUUUAUUGUCAUAAAGCUGUAAAUGUCAUGUGUUCUCAUAAAGCUGUGAAUGUCAUGUGUUCUACAAUAUAGGUGUGAAUGUCAUGUUCUCAUAAAGCUGUGAAUGUCAUGUGUUCUAAUAUAGGUGUGAAUGUCAUGUUCUCAUAAAGCUGUGAAUGUCAUGUGUUCUACAAUAUAGGUGUGAAUGUCAUGUUCUCAUAAAGCUGUGAAUGUCAUGUGUUCUAAUAUAGGUGUGAAUGUCAUUUGUUCUCAUCAAGCUGUGAAUGUCAUGUGUUCUAAUAAAGGUGUGAAUGUCAUGUUCUCAUAAAGCUGUGAAUGUCAUGUGUUCUAAUAUAGGUGUGAAUGUCAUUUGUUCUCAUAAAGUUGUAAAUGUCAUGUGUUCUCAUAAAGCUGUGAAUGUCGUGUGUUCUCAUAAAGGUGUAAAUGUCAUGUGUUCUCAUAAAGCUGUGAAUGUCAUGUGUUCUCAUAAAGGUGUGAAUGUCGUGUUCUAAUAUAGGUGUGAAUGUCGUGUGUUCUAAUAAAGGUGUGAAUGUCAUGUGUUCUCAUAAAGGUGUGAAUGUCAUGUGUUCUCAUAAAGGUGUAAAUGUCAUGUGUUCUCAUAAAGGUGUGAAUGUCAUGUGUUCUAAUAAAGGUGUGAAUGUCAUGUGUUCUCAUAAAGGUGUAAAUGUCGUGUGUUCUCAUAAAGCUGUGAAUGUCAUGUGUUCUCAUAAAGGUGUAAAUGUCAUGUGUUCUCAUAAAGGUGUAAAUGUCAUGUGUUCUCAUAAAGGUGUGAAUGUCAUGUGUUCUCAUAAAGGUGUGAAUGUCAUGUGUUCUCAUAAAGGUGUAAAUGUCAUAUGUUCUACAAUAUAGGUGUGAAUGUCAUGUGUUCUCAUAAAGGUGUAAAUGUCAUGUGUUCUCAUAAAGGUGUAAAUGUCAUGUGUUCUCAUAAAGCUGUGAAUGUCAUGUGUUCUCAUAAAGCUGUGAAUGUCAUGUGUUCUCAUAAAGCUGUAUAUGUCAUGUGUUCUCAUAAAACUGUGAAUGUAGUUUGUUGACCAGUUAUCUUUGAAACAAGUUUCAUAAAAUCUCAUUUGAAGUGAAACCAAAUUGUUAUCAUAUAACUGAGAAAACUUACACUUUGACAGGUUUUAAAGAUAAAGCAUUCAGGAUAAAAUUAAUCAGAGGCAGCCAUUUUGUUGCUUCAUCUUCAAUUCAUGAAGUAACAUUAUUGCUCAUAUUAUGACAUCACAAUUGAUUUCUGAAUGAUACAGCCCAUCAAAAACAGAGUGUGUUGCAAGGGCGAAUUCACUGGAUGUAACAGACCAAUUCUAUGUUAAAACUGUUCAAUUUUGAGUGUACCAAAUUCCAAUUUCUUCACUGAAUAACAUAAAUCUGUUUUUAUCAUGACAGUUUGAAUUUGACAUACACAUUGUGGAGUACUCUCUCUGUUAGUACGGCUACCUCUCUGUCAAACAUGAUUUUUUUGGUAUGUUUCUUCAAAGACCGUCAGUCAAGUAAAAUUACAUUGUAGUGUUAUUGUCCUUUGCAGGAAUGUCGCUCUGAUUCAAUUCAAGGGGGGGAAUUAUUCUCUUGAAACUAUCACUAUUGUUCUGUAAAGUUUUCAACCAAAUAUUUUGGAUUCACAUGUCAAGUGGUGAGUAUAACAUAAAGUAGUGUAUAUCAUAAAAUAGAGUUGUGACACACAAAUAUAUCAACACUCGGAUGACUGUUAAGGCAUCUGGUCUCUUGUUAUAUAUGUGUGAAAUUGUUUGCUGUGAUAUGUAGUCGGUAGUAAAUAGAAUGAAUGAUGUGUGUCGGAGACUGAUAGAGUAUUCAUAGAACUGUUAAUUAUUCACAAAAUAAUUAUUGUCAUGGUGAUCAAUAAACUGGCCCUAUGAACAUUCCCUAACAUAAGAAACUUAAUUUCAAACUCCUCAUAGAACUUUUCUCUUCGUGAAGCUGGUGCCUGAUAUAGUAGUGAAAUAAACCCACCAUAAAAUGGGGGGGAGGGGGUAUCGAGUGUUGCACAUGUCUGUCUUGUUGCAUCCCAUUCCGAUUCAAUGUAAACAUGGCAGCAGGGGCAUUUAUGUCUUACAAACAUUUUGUAGUGGUUAUUUUUGUGGUUCCCUUUCUGAGUUAUUAAACAUGUUUACAAAACAACGAUCAUUUUUCUGUGAUACACUACAAUGAAACCUGACUUUACCGACGCGCUGUCACAUAAGAAGCGUUGACUUAGUCCCACUUUGUAAAGUCGGGUUUCUCUGUAUCCUAUCAUGCCUGUUCCAUCAUUAUAGUAUAUAUGUGAGCAUCAGCGUGUAACAGAACUGGACCAGGCCGAUUAUUGGCGACCAGGUAGCUCAAUUGGUAGAGCAUCAGGCUAGUGUUCAGAGGUCACGGGUUCUAAUCAUGGUCUGGCCGUGCAUUUUUUCCAAUCCUCUUACAUUUGGUGCCUGUGACGAAAUCUUGUUUCAAGUGAGGUAAAUACUUGCCAAGGGGAUAUCCGAACCUGGGUUGCGAGUUGUUAGGUCUUUCUGGUCGAAAACUUUCAAAGAGAGGGAAGAGUGUAGCGGAACUGGACCGGGUCGAUUAUCGGCGACCAGGUAGCUCAAUUGGUAGAGCAUCCGACUUGUGUUCAGAGGUCCCGGGUUCGAACGCCAGUCUGCAUGCAUUUUUCCACCUAUAAGAUACUGUACACCUACAUCUUAUAAUUACAUGUAGCACUUGUUGCACUAAUAACUAAUUAUAAUUGGCUAAUUACACUCUGUUCAUAUUGUUUUCUAUAUUAAGCAUUUGUGUGCAUUUUAUUUAUUAUUGCACUAAUGCACUAAAAUUUGAGUACUUAAAAAUAGUUAAUAGUAUUUACAUGUUAAGAUACCAAUAUGAUGUAAAUGUGUUUACUUCCAGCAUAACAAAAAGUGGUAUUCCAAAUUAGCUCUCUGCAAGUACAGGUAGUGGCCAAUUAUUUUAACAGAUGUGUGAAAUUGUCUCUAUUUGUUCAAAAUGUAUUGGGACAAAUAAUAUAUUUCUAAACAGAGAUCUUAAAUGAUAUUUUAAUGAGUCUCUGUUCUAGCAAACAUAUUUAAGGAAACGUUUGAAUAAAGAUAUUUCUAUAUAA